UAGCAGCAGCAGGGGGAGGCGGCUUCUGAGGGAGGGAGGAGUUGUGAGAGGUGUGCGUGACGGGAGGGAGGAUAGUGCACGAGAGAGUGCAGAGGGUGGUGAUCGAAGAAGAGCGGCAGAGGGAGGGAUGCCUGUGCUGGACUUUCAGAUGUGCCCACUCCUCAACCUCUCCUACUGCCCCCCAUCUCAAACCAACCUUGGCCAAGAUCAAGUCCUGGUGGUGACUGUGUUCAACCCACUAGGAUGGCCGCGCGCAGAAGUUGUUCGUUUUCCGGUCUCCUCAUCACCAGUCCUUGUGACAGACUCUACGAACUCCCCCAUCCCCGCUCAAAUCGUCAUCGAGACCCUCGUACCUCUCAACACGCGUGCCACGUACAUUGCCGCGUACACUGGCGAGCUGCCCCAGGAGGCCCAGCAGCAGCAGCAGCCGCAGAAGGGCUUGUUGUCCGUUGUGUUUCACGCCGAGGUGCCUCCUCUUGGAUAUGCCACCUUCUUCCUCACUGCAGUGCCUCCAGGCACGCAAGGUGCAGCAAUCAUCAGCACAGCAAAGUUUGCAACAGUCCCAGCCCACCAGAACGGCCCUGCUGGAACCCCAAGCGGCAACGAGGCUGCCGAUUCUCUCCCUGAAACCAUUGUUCUAGGGGGCUUCAAAGCUGCCCCGUCUCCUGCUGGCGGCGGCGGCGGUGCUAGUGGUGGUACUGGUGGUGGUGAGGCUAAGGCGAAGACUGCGGGCGAGGAUGGAGACGCUGCACUGCGAGUGACAUUCUCCAAGUCAGCGUAUGGCAUGACGCACAUGGAGCUCGUUCGGCCGGCUGAAGGGGGGCAGGAGAUCGCGGAAGUGGCGAAGCCAGUGAGAUCAGACGUACUGGAUUAUGUCACAGCCAAGGGUGGAGCCUACAUCUUUGAUCCCUCUGGUGCAGCAACCAGCCCUACUGACACGAACGGCCAGGUGCCCAUCUAUGUCCAGCGUGGACCGAUCGUGGAAGAGUUCUCUCGACAAAUCGCUCCAUGGGUCUCAGAGACCUUCCGGGUGUACCCUGGGUGUGACUACGCCGAACUGCACUACGCGAUCGGCCCUGUUCCUGAGGGCGCGGGUCACGAGGUGGUGUCUCGCUUUUCAGCCGCCAUCAGCACCAACGAGACCUUCUUUACUGACUCUAACGGCAGGCAGUACCUCAAACGGGUUUUGAACUAUCGCUCUGAUUGGACCCUCGCUCUCACCGACCCCAUCGCAGGCAACUUCUAUCCAGUGACGGUGGGCGCAUUCAUCGGCGAUGGGGCGGCGCAGCUAUCUCUGCUGGUGGACCGAGCAGCCGGUGCUGCCAGCCUGGCGGAUGGCCAGCUGGAAGUCAUGCUGCACCGCGCACUGGCCACGGUGGAUAUGAAGGGAGUGGGGGAGGUUCUCAACGAGGCCAUCACAGUCAAUGGCAACACGGAACGCCUCAUGGUGAUCGGCUCGCUCCGCUUCGGCCUGCACACAGGGGGCAGCACAGCGGAGGGGGGCAAGGGGGGCAUGCAGGAAACACCAGGGGGCAGCGACAGCAGGCAUUUGAGCGCAGGCACUGCUGCCCAUGCCAGUGCUGAGGCCGCCGCUGGUGCUGAGACCAACCCGAGUUUCGAUUCUGGCGCUGAUGCCACUGGUGGGGCUGGUACGGGUGGCGGCAGCAUGCCAGCUGUGCAGCAGGCUUCUCAGAUGUGGCCUGAGAGGUCCCCUCAUGGCAGGCGUGGGGCUGAAAGGGCGGGAGAAGAGGAUAACGGAGAGGCGAUUCAGGAUUCGUCUGAGAUGAGGCGGACUCGGGGCAGGCGAGGGGGGGAGAGGGAGGUUGUUGAAGAACAGCAGGGGGGGCAGGGAGCAGAGUGGCGGAGGGAGCACGCCCAGCGACUCAUUGCACCUCUGCAGCUGGCGUUUGCUGUUGAGUCAAAGGAGGCCAUAAAGGCAGCAGAGGGAACGUACAGGUGGCGCUACUCCCUCUCCCAGCGCCCCAGCAGCCGCACCACCAGUGUGCACCAACCCGCUUACUCCCUGCCACCAAACGUCGCUGUUAUCUCCUUCCAGGAGCUGUCUCCCAGGGAGAUUGUGCUGCGACUGGCUCAUCUGUACGAGGCCUAUGAGCAUCCAACGCUGUCCAAAAUCGGACGCGUUGACCUUCGUCAACUUCUUUCAUCGCAGAAGAUUAAAGGAGUCGUCGAGUUGAGCCUAAUGGCCAACCAAAAGCGGUCGGAAAUGCGCCGCCCAAUGAAAUGGCACGUGGACGGUGAAGACCCAUCAGAAGCUGACAAUUCCAAAGAGAACUCACUCUUAGGAGGCCCAGUGGACCCAACGUCCCUCGUGGUGGAAUUAGCGCCGGGGGAAAUCCGCACUUUCUCAGUGAAGCUCUCACCUCCAUAAGUUAUAUGCGGAUGGUAGGUUUGUUGAUUGUAUGAAUAGAAUGUGAUGUUUGAUGGCUACACUAAUUUUUCUUCGUUUGCAGGAAAUUUGUUAUGCGGAGAAAUGUC